ACUUGAAUUAAACACACACCCACAUCUCAAAUCAAGAUGGCUGCUCCAUCUUCACCAAACAUCCUUCCUUCUCUCCAAGUUUUCUCCCUCAAAUCCUCUAAUUCUUCUACCUUAUUUCUUGUUAAAUUCAAAUCUUUCCUUCACACUAUCAUCUUCUCCCAUUUGUGUCGGUUGGCUCGGGCGAUCUCCCGAGCCAAGUCGACCGUGGUUCGGGUUUUGAAGAAAAAUUAUCACUACACGAAUAGAAACAAGAACAAGAUCUUUUUCGGGUCGUUUAGACUUCAUUAUAAUUGGUGUUCUUCCCAUGUGAUGCCUGUGCCUGACCCUGUGUGGGAAGGUCAUUUUUACUACGACGCUGCCACUGCGGACAGCUCGCAGCUGUCCGGGUACUUGCAAUGGUUGGAGGAGAGGAAAUUAGAGAGCGAGACGGCGGCGGGGGUGACGACGAUCGCAACGGAGAUGAAUGAGAUCGACAAAUUGGCGGAGAUGUUCAUAGCAAGCUGCCAUGAGAAAUUUAGGCUGGAGAAACAGGAAUCAGCUAGAAGAUUUCAAGAGAUGAUGGCAAGAAGCAUGUGAAGAAAAUUUGAUGGGACAAGGUGGGUUUGAUGGUGUUGGGGUGGCAAUGUUUUUUUUUUUUUUUUUGAAAUUCUUCGUCUUAAUGUAUAUUAUUUUGGGUGGAAUUAAAAUUUUCAUCAUUAUAUCCAAAAUUAUAUCCAAAAUUAAGCUUAA